AUGCAAAUAGUCAGAAGUUGUAACUCCAAUAACAAACCCCUCAUACCGUCCUCAAAUUGGCAUAUCGCUAUCAGAAUGAGAGGCGAUGGGGUUAAAGAUAGGAGUAUAGAUGUGUUAUCCCUCAAACAUUUCGAAUCCCAGAAAGUUGUUCUGCCUCAAGACCUUUUCAUGGAUAACUUCACCUGGAUGUUUUAUGAGUUCUUCAAGUGCUUCACGUUUCGUACCUGGUUGCUAUUAUUACUGCUAAUGUGGUUGCCAGGUUUUCUUUCGCAGAUAAAGUCCAUCAAUCGGAUUUUUCCGUUUAAACUUUGUAUUUUAGUCUCAUGCCUAGUGGGGAUAUUUUUACCCAAUAUUUAUUCAUUCUCUCAUAAAAGUGUGUUAACGAAUCAACUUACUCAGUUCUCCAAAGAAAUUGUUGAACAUGCACCAGGUACUGAUACUCAUGAUUGGGAAACAGUUGCGGCAAAUCUAAAUUCUUACUUCUAUGAAAAUAAAGCUUGGAAUACUGAGUACUUCUUUUUCAAUGCUGCAGAGUGUCAAAAAGCAUUCAGAAAAGUUCUUCUCGAACCAUUCUCUGUGAAGAAAGAUGAAUCUUCGAAAAUAAAAUCAUUUGGGGAUUCUGUCCCCUACAUCGAAGAGGCCUUGCAAGUCUAUUCCACAGAAUUUGACAAAAAGUGGAAGUUGUUCAAUACUGAGAAAGUGUGGAGCCCUGAUAACUUGGAACAUGUUCAGCUCCCCAAGAAAACUUAUCGUUAUAAGUUUACCUGGGUUCUCAAGAGGAUUUUCAAUCUCUGGCUUUUUCCAGCAUUUAUUCUGUUUCUGGCUUGUAUCUAUGUGUCAUGGGAUAAGGGCCAUCUAUUUCGUAUCUUGUGUUGUGGGGGAGGUUUUCUCCUUAUGGUAAGAGUUUUUCAAAAUAUGAGGCCCUUUUCCAUGCACAUGGAAGACAAAAUGCAGUUCUUGUCAACGAUUAUAAAUGAGCAAGAAAGUGGUGCGAAUGGAUGGGACGAAAUUGCAAAGAAAAUGAACAGGUACUUGUUUGAGAAAAAAGUCUGGACUAGUGAAGAGUUUUUCUUUGAUGGGAUUGACUGUGAAUGGUUUUUUAACCACUUCUUUUACCGCCUUCUAUCUACAAAGAAACCUAUGUUUGAUAGACCUCUAAACGUGGAACUAUGGCCAUACAUUAAAGAAGCGCAAUUGACCCGCAAACAGGCGCCUCCCGUGUAG